AACAUACGUAUGUAUAUAUGUAUGUACGUUCUCGAUGGAAUUUCCAUUGUUUACGUUUCGAAAAUUUGUAACAAGCGCACAUUUUCAAAGCUGAUACAUUUUUGGCCACACAUGAUCCAUAUCAGUCCAGCAGAAAAUUGUUGUUGUUUGUGGCAUAGAUUUACUCGUAGAUUUACUUAUAGUUUACCCAAAGUUUCACUUCAAUUCAAACAUCGUCGCAACGCUAUGAACUGAUAUGCUACGAUUGCAACCGAAGCCAGCCAUACCGUUUACACGCUCGUGACUGUCGAAGAACAGAUUGUUCGUGUUGUAUCAGAUCAGUUGACGCUGGCGGCUACUCGAAUUGAUUAACAAUAUUGUCUAUGCUGAACUGAAUUGAUUUAAUUGUGUUUUUGGUCGACUGUUUGUUCUGAUUUUAUCAUACUCGUUGCAGCUCUCUGAUGCAUGCUUAAGCUUCAAUGAUUGAAAUGAUCGACAGCGUUCGGUUUCAUCCCCUAAACACUGAUUUACUCGUACACUUCUGUUCUAUUUCAAAUACAUAUGUAUGUAUGAAUAUGCGUAUGUUAUAUGUGUAAUGGAAAUUCCAUAGAGUGCAUACGUACAUCCAACAAAUGUUUGUAUGUAUGUACUUACUCGAUGGAAUUUCUAUUGUUUAUGCAUCGCAAAUACGUAAACGCAAAUUUUUAACAUGUGCAGAUAUUCAAAUCUGACACAUUUUUUACCACAUAUGAUUCAAAUUAAUCCAGCAGAAAAUUGUUGUUGUAAAUAAAUUCUCGUAGUUUACCCAAAGUUUCACAUCGAUUAAAACAAUCGUCGCAACGCUAUGAACUGGCAUGAUACUAUUUGAACCGAAGCCAGCCAUACCGUUUACUCGAUUGUAAUUGCCGAAGAACAGAUUCUUCGUGUGGUAUCAAAUCAGUUGACGCUGGCGGCUACUCGAAUUGAUCAACAAUGUUGUCUAUGAUGAACUGAACUAAUUUAUAUUAGGGGUAUUAGACCGAACUUGUUAAUAUGGUAAUUCGUUAGUUGAUACUUCGUUAAAACACUUAACUGUGAACAUACUUUUUGCUGUACAUCAGUAGUGGGUGUAAAUUUUGUUUCAAAACAGCUGAUUAGAUUAUAUUAAAUACUCUUUUUUGAAAAAUUUAUCAGAAACUAAUUUGUAGUAGACAGCAAGUGUUUUUAUAUAUAAAAAUAAAAAGAUAUGUAUAUUAUGUGCCCGAAUAAUAUCUGAAAGCCAGCACGUAUCCCGUUGCAGCUACUAUGUUAGAUGAUGGGCGAACGACGCACAGACGAUUGGUAUAUUGUUAUAUGUAUAGUAUAUCAGAGAAGUACGGAAAGUUUGGAGAAUGCUGCUCAAUGCAGUUAUGUGGUGGCGUAUGUCUCUAUAGUGUUUCUGCUACCUGUCAAAUAAAAUUUUACAAGUUUUAAUUAUUGAAAUGUUAGUAAAAAAGUUAAAUGGUGAAAAGAUAUCAUAAACAACGGUUAAUGUGGGCACCUGUGAUAAAAGCAUUCAUAUAAGCAACGAAAUUGGCUAUGGGGUUUGCAAGCAAAUUAUUAAAUUAAGUUUUAUUUUUUACAUUAGGACGAACUGUUAUAUUUUAUUGUUAAUGAGAGCCCCCGGAAUGGCUUAUCACAACUCGAAUGGAGGUGCUAUUGCUAAUAAUAGUACAGCUGGUGGCAGUUUACGUGGUAUUGCUGGUGAAAUUGGCUCCAGUGAAUAUUCUGGCGACGAGCGAGACUCUCGGAGCGGCGAAGAUCAUCACGAGAGUGAUUUGAAUAACAAGCCAAUAUACCUUCUCGAACAUUUAGCUACCUUCACGGUAAAUAAGGAAUCCGGCAUUGUCUAUCCCGCAGACGGUAUGCGAAGGCUGUUACAGUUGGAAAAAACCACUGGUAUAUGGUCUCAGAAAAUGCAAAUAUGUUUGGAUUACCAAUGGGUGCUUAUAAUGGAUUAUGAAACCGGAAAUAUCAUAGAAAGAUUUCCAGCAUCUCUUAUACAGGAUCCCACAGCAUUCACAUCUACUGAUUCCAUGGAGUUAUAUAACAAUAUAUUAGUAUUUAUCGUGUCCGGCGGCAGUGGCUCACGCUCAGAAAUGCAUAUUUUUCAGUCACAAAGUGUAUCAGCCGUGCAUUUGGUUGAAGACUUAAAGAGCCUAAGAAAUGGGAAAAUGGUGACACAACAGCGCGAGAGUUUAGUGCAUCAACACCAAUCACCAUCAAAUCUAUUAAAGAACGGUCCUACUGGUUUAGUUAAGUCAUUACCGGCAUCCAGCAGUCAGCACGGUCGCAGUGAACAACAAAUCCAUCAUCUUCACAAUGGUGGUACUAUUACGCCAUCCCGCACUAGUAUAGAUCAAUAUGGCUUACACGUCCGAAGUCUCAUGCUAGAAAGUAAUCACACAGGUGCUGCUGCUGGUAGCGGAAAUGGUGAAACAGAUUCCGAACAAAGCGGGUUUAAUGACGAAACUAGUUCUACGUCUAGUGACAAGUAUGAACGUGAUGUAACUGUGUUGAAUCAUUGCUUUGAUGACAUAGAAAAGUUCAUAGCACGCCUUCAACAUGCAGCUGCAGCAUCACGCGAACUGGAGCGUCGUCGCCGAAACCGAAAAACAAAAAAGAAAGAUCCUGGCGAGGGUUUAUUAACGUUGCGUACUCGACCGCCCCUUGAAAAAGAGUUUAUCGACAUUUUCGCCAAAUUCAAACUUUCAUUUAACUUGCUAGCCAAGCUGAAAGCACACAUACAUGAUCCAAAUGCUCCUGAACUAGUUCACUUCUUAUUUACACCGCUUGCACUAAUAGUCGAGGCUUCCAGUGACACUUACUUUGAGUCUCAAUUGCCAGCACGUGUGAUCAAUCCAUUACUUACACGUGAAGCCAUAAAUCUGUUAAUUAAUUGCGUUACGAGCAAAGAAACGGAAUUAUGGCGCUCCCUUGGUGACGCUUGGAUUAUACCACGCGAUCAGUGGAAAGAUGAUGUGGGCUCAUACCAUCCUGUAUUUAUGGAUGGAUGGUCGCCCGAUUACUUGGUAACCGAUGAAUUGGAAACGCUUACAACUCCAACAAACAUUAGCAAGCGUCGUUUAGAUGUUAAAUCACAUUUCCAUGCUGGUCAUACCAGUCACAGCGGGGAGAACGGACGCCAAGUUGGCAGCAAUAGUAAUACAGCUUUACAUAUAGGGCAAGUCGAAGAAUACGAAAGAAGUGUACCAAUUGAGAAAUAUUCUGGUCAUUAUGAACACGAUAGUGAACGAUUUUUGCCCACUGGUGGCAUAAGUGGCGCUGCGAACGGUGGGCCUUGUGAUUUUAGCGUGCACAGUGAAAUUUCUAUUGAUUCCAUUGAACGUAGCGGAGGGGCAUUGCACGAUUUGCAAAUUAAUAAUAACACCGCAGCUGGUAUUCAAACAAUAUCAACAGGAAUGCAACAAUUACAUGCACGUGACUCUAAGAAUACCACAGCCACGCGCAAUAAAAACUCAGUGUCCGAAUUCUCUGGUCGUGAUAACAUCACUAACGACGAACAAAUGUUGGCAGCGUGGCUAGAUGAUUUACAAACAGCACAUGCUAAAAUUGUCCUAGUCACUUAUCCCCGCACAGCCAACAAUGAUAAAGAACUAAGUGUAGUUCGUGGUGAAUAUUUGGAGAUUUUGGAUGAUACUCGAAAAUGGUGGAAGGCUCGCAACAUACGAGGUCAAGUGGCCCAUGUUCCACACACAAUUGUCACUCCAUAUAACUUCGGUGACGAGUCUGCGAGCAAUCAGUUUUAUGGGCAAAAACAAGUACCAUCACAUCUGCAAGGAAACAAUACUUAUACACAGCCGAGACACCCGAUAAAUAGUGUAAGUCUCAGUGAUAAUAUUGAGACACACCGGUCACACGACGCUACUGAUUGGAUUCGAAAUAAGCAUUUGGGUAAGAAAGGAGAGUUCAGAUAUUUUUAAUUAGCUGUAGCGUAAUUUGUAUACUGUCUAUUUGUCCAUGAUAUUAUUUAUAAAUACAAAUAUUUUACAACAAGUAAA